AUGGCGAACUCAGAGGCAGGAACGAGCCGCGAUGUUGAACGAGCGACAGGAGAGGAGUACCAAGUGUUCCUGAGCUUCAGAGGUCCCGAUACCCGUUACGGAUUCACGGACUACCUCUACCAUGGCUUGGUAAAUGCAGGAGUCCGCGUAUUCAGUGACGAAGAUGAGCUCCGCGUCGGCAAAGUGAUCGGUGGAAACCUUCUGUGUGCUAUCAAUAACUCAAUGAUCUACAUAUCCAUCUUCUCCCGGACCUAUGCUUUCAGCAAAUGGUGCCUCCGUGAACUCGCGCACAUAAUAGCCAACGUAUCUAAGUUGAAGGAUAGAAAAAGCAUCCUCCCCAUUUUUUGCGACGUGGAACUUGAGGAUGUUAAAUUUAAGACUCCACGAUACAGCGAUGCUUUGUUGGAACAUGGGAACAACUAUCCCGACGAAGUCAAGGCAUGGAGAGAGGCUCUUGCAGAGGUGGAUGAAAUCAAGGGAGGGAACGUGAAUCAUAUGAGAUGCUUAAGAUGGAUGAUACUCUUGAGAAGGCCCACACUGGUGCUGACUCUGUGCCCUCCGAGCCCCUGGGACGACUUGAACUCGCAAUUGCAGAAAGUCGACAAUUCUGGAUUUCGCUACACUGCUAGAUGGUGGACGAAGGAAGAAGAAGAUGCAACGUAA